AUGGAGAAAUAUGGGAAGAAAUAUCCAAUUAGAAAGGAGUACAUGCACCGCCUUGGUGUUUUUGCCAAGAACAUGAUCAGAGCCGCCGAGCACCAAGCUCUGGAUCCGAUGGCAGUCCACGAUAUCACACCGUUCUCUGAUCUGUCCGAGGAGGAGUUCGAGGGGAUGUACACUGGCGUGAGAGGUGGGCCCUGCUUAAACGACGGCAGCGGUGGUGCAGAGAGUACGGUUGAGCUCAUGGAUGUUAGUGGGUUGCCUGAGAGUUUUGAUUGGAGAGAGAAGGGAGCUGUUACUGAGGUCAAGAUGCAGAGACGGAGAGAAGAUGCAGAGUUUCGGGCCAAAGCCGAGUUCUUGCUUUCUGGGGAUGAAGAUCAGUUCUUGCUUAUGGGGACGAAGACCAGUUCUGAUGGAGGCAUGGGCAAUUUGGGAAUUUUUCCUUAG